GCAGCAGAGGGAUGUCGCGCAGGGAAUAGUACCUCCACAGAAGGAAUUCAAACCUGCCGGAACAAGGGGGGUGACUGCGGGGGGGAGGUGGUCGGCAGCUCCAGGUACACAGAAGAAUGAAGGAUCAGGUUCUCAGAGUUCGUACAUGGUCCCCAAUGCAAAGACGUUGCGCGAGUUGGAGCAGAGACACAGUCGCGCACAAUCCAUGGCUACGAGCCACCACGCGCUGGAUACGAACGCGUGGGCCCAGCGCACGCGAGGUACCCGGCUGGCGAAAGGACGCAGUAGAGAAAGACACCACAAAGCACAGAUGAGGGAGUUCAGAUGGAGCAGGCCAGGAGCGAUCCCAGAUCGGCUCACGACUGACCAGCUGAACGGAAAGGCGAGCAAACUUCCCCGUGCUCCUCGCCGUGAUCCGACUGGGUCGUCGCUGUUACGGACUACUGCGCGGAGCAAAUCAGGUCGAACACAGCAGUCUAGGCGCGGCGCUGCAUCCCGUGGUCCUGGUCGUCGUAAUGGGUCAAGAAAUAAGUUUCAACGGCAACGUCCUAGAGAUAGGACUAGGGGAGGACGACUUCAGCGAGAUUCGAUGCAUGUCAGCCCCGUUGUCGCGCUCGCCGACAAGGGCAGACAGCCGCAGACGUACAAAGGUGUGGCGCUAAUGUUUCUGCAAGAGCGGGCCGAAGAAGAAUUGUCAAGUACAGCAGCCCACGGGGCAUCGUCAGCUGCAGAGGAAGACGAGUCGGCUCGAUAUGCGCAGAGUGCUGAGAAGAAGUAUAGGAAUAAGAACAAGGAUCAUCAGACUCGUGAAAACAUCGAUUUUUUGACGACACUUGCAAAUGAGAAUGACGGAAGCAUCGAUGUUUCGCUCAUUUCCCAGACGUUUCAGGACUCGCUCAGUGAUUUACUCGCGCAUUCCCGAAUUCUACGCCUUCAAGUGCUGAUGCACGCCGUACACGAUGCGACAACCACGCCACAACAGAGAGCGGAGAACGGUGAGCUUGACGACUCGAUGAGCUCUAGUACACGCGAACUGAAGAUGCUGGCUGCGAACGAGACUGGAGUCGCAGCUGUGUCUACCGAGCCCACCCGUACAUGUGCGAGCUGGUCAGAGUAUUUGCACUGCCUUUUCGCGGGUAGCGACUCGGCAGCUGCUGUUGCGGAGGAAGAGGAAUCUGCAUCCGCGGACGCUGAGGUGGUCGAAACACGUGAAGAAGCGAUGCCAACUUUGGCGGUUGUGUCUCGGAAAGAGAUGACACCGGGACAUGCAGACGAUGCAGCAAGGGUCCAGCAAAAGCCUAACAAGCCACUCUCAGGUCCUCAGGAAGUUUCGCUCGCUCGACUGCAGCAAAAAUCCGGCUCCCAGUUUAGGGAUUCCGGCGUGCCGACAGCUGUUAGUGUCUUGCACGCGCUGAACGAUACCUUUGUGCAGACGGUCGGCGAAAUGAUCGCAAACAGUGACGUCGUACUGAACAAGGCGGCUGCCAAAAUCAAAACGCUGCUCGAAGGUGACCCGACCGUGGUCAGCACCCUCGUAGACGAGAUGGUUGAGGAGGAAGCCGCGUCGCCACAAUUCUUGCACUACGUGAUGGCCAGUCUGAUUGAUCCCGACUUCGACCUGUCGAAGCACGGCGGGUACUUCAAGCGCGACUUUGGCGGUGUCGGCGGCUCCAGGCCGGGCGGAGCCUCCGAGUGGUACCCACCGCCUUCGCGGCGCAACAAAGAGAAGGAAGAAAGGAUGAUUAAAGACGACGGCGAACAACUGGAGGGCGCGGAGCAGACGCUACGAAAUGCAGACCCUGACGAGACGAGUCAAGAUGCUGACCAAGAUGACGACGCGACUUCCACAAACACUAGGAGCACAAGCGAAGAUGACGCGACAACAUCUCUAGCAGAGCGCAAAAAGCGACAAAGUACAACUAGUUCCAAGAGAGCUAAUCGUAAAAGUAAACGGAAAGUCGCAGAUGCUGGCGUCGGGGAGCUGUCAGCUCAAGAGCAGCUGGAACAGAUGAAAAAGGAGAAGAAGAGUGGUCCACGUCCUGUCAGUACCGAACGCGAACCGUCGCUGGUGCAUCUUUGGACCGAUUUUCGGGACAAAUCAGGUCACGUCGUGCAUGAAGAAAGUUCUGAUACAGGGGCUAAUCAUCAUAGUGCUUCGUCUUCGUCUUUUUCUUCUGAACGACUCCAAAAACUGCACUCAUUCUCGUCAUCGCCUCCUCAAGUCUCGCUGGUGAGCUUGCCGCCGAUACACAAAAUCAAUCCGGACCGCGCUAAGCACGUGGCGGAGAUCGUGCAGCGCAGAAUCGCGGAGCAGAAUGCGCGCGCAAGGAAAGUUCAUGCGGAACACCGGCAAGAUCAAGAGGAACAAUCGAAAGCUGCAUACGGAGAUCGAAAAGACGAAGAAGCAUCAUCCUCGUCGAAAACACAACAAAAAGAUCAAGCAGCUACAUCCAAGCACGAUGCUCAACAUACUGCACCGGCAUCAUUGAUAUCUACGUCUCGAACAACUGUAUCACGGACACCAUGGUCCUCAUCUCUGUUCGAUCCGUUUGGUGAGCACCACCACGUUCUGGCACACGGCGCGAAGCAGAAGCUAUGGAAGACCGGUGUGGACUCGGCUCGCGCGGCCCGGGCCCGUGCUGAACAGAGGCUAGAGCGACUGCGAACGUCAACACCGCCGAAUCACGAUCAGGAUCGACAGCCACCUCGACCAGAGUUGGAGCCUGAUGCGCGCGGCCAUGCGAGAAUGGUUGGAGGUCCUGAGAAGUAUCACAUCAUGCGUGGAGGCGGUGAAGACGAUGACAUCGAUCCUAUGUCGCUCGUCGAGCAAGAAACCGAGUUGCAGGCGCGCCGACCAAGAACAUCUUCGUUUGUAAACCCUUUGGACGAGAUGGCGGACGCAAUCGACCGACAGGACAAAGAUGCCGACGAUGAGACAGACUUCAUGGAUUCUGGUUCCAUUGUCUCUGACGACGACACAGUAGAGUCCUCGCUGAGCAGCGAGGACAACGAGAAUGGAGCCAACGGCCUUGCGCUGAAUACAAUUACCAGUCGAGCAUCAAAGAGCGAGCUCGGUGAUGUCGAUGAUGAGAUGAUGAAAACGCUUCAAAAAGAAAACACGGCUUUACGAUCACUGGCUACUGGGGAAGACUCUUCGGGUGCAUCUAGAUCGACGAGAGAAGGGGAAGUCGGUGCAGGCUCCACGACAGCAAAGACAGCCGCGAGAUCCCAUCAUAUCCAGAUGCUCAACGAGGGAGCUCAGAGACGAGUUGGUGGUGAUCAAGAAGAGGAGGACACCACAGCCUACUCUUCUGAUUCUUCUGCAUCUUCAUCAACUUCUUCAGAGAACGAGAUCAUGGAGGACAAUUCUAGUGGAGGUACCACAACAGCGAUGAGCGUGCUGUACCAAGGUGUGUGUGAGGGACACGAGGACGAUUGGGAUGCCAACAGCAAGCCCGUUUGGGCAUCACAUUGGGAUAAGGACCCAAAGGAGGACGGCGGCAACUGGCGAACCUGCAUGCCAGACGUUGGCUCAACAGCCCACUGUUUGGAUGUCUGUUAUGCAAUGCGAGACUGUCAACAGGUCGUCGUCACAAAAAACGGAUGCUGCUACCCCUUCAAGGGCCAGACGUGUGAGAAUUCACGCUUUGCCAAAACUGUAGCCACGGCUAUCGUCGGCACCAAUCCUCUCACGCGCGCGGCAGCUAUACAAGAACGAGCGGCCAAGAAGAAGCUAGAAGCACAACAGGGCAGCAAGAAUACUUCAGAUAGUGAUGCACCCGUGUCCUCACCGGUCGCAUCUUCGUCUGUCAUUAAUGCGGGGAGCGCUUCAUCUCCUUCGAUGUCCUCUUCAGCAUCGUCAUUUACCAAAGAGGAUGAGUUAGUCGAUGUAAAGCCAAAGCAAGCAGAUGAUGCAGAGGCAUCAACUAAAACGAGUGGUGAGCGUGAGGGCGCUACCUCACAGAAAUCUGACAACGCUGCAGAGCAGGAAGACGAAGAUGACGUUGAGGAAAUGGAGGAAGACGAUGAAGAUGCCACAGAAGUAGAACAAGAGGAAGGGAUUGUAGGACUAGAUCAAGGAAAUAGUGCUAGUGCUCAAACUCGCGGAGGUAGGCAAGACGCUGAUCAUGAUGCUAUCAGCUCUUCAAGAUCCACGCGGAGAAAACAUAACAUGAGUUCUCAUGCCGAAUCUUCUUCGUCUGAGUCAUCAAGCGAGUCCUCUGACUAUAGAGGCGCGCUCGAGAUAAUCGAUGAUCCAUCAUCACCAUCUGCUUCCGGCGUUACAACUCCUGCAGAUGAUUCUGUUGAGAAUUAUCAUGACGCUCAAGCGAUGAAUAGAAGAACUAGUCGGGAAAGCUCCACCGAUUCUCAGCAGCAGGAUAAGGCUUCCAGCAGUGACAAACAUGAUCACAGUAGGAAAGACUCAUCGCCGUCUCUGUCAUCAGUAAUCUACAACUGGAUCACGGGAGGGGGAGGAGCGAAACGAGACGGUUUCUCGCUUGCGGAAGUAAACCGGAGAAGCACGUCUCAGGUGGCGGCGCUCUUCGAUGGAGCUCAUGGUCGGCGCCCAGACGACAUCUUUGCACCUCCUGACGACCAAACCUUCGUACGCAUUCCACAUGCACCUGCAGUUGUUGAUGAGGACGACCACAAGAAACCAAGCGCUUCAGCUCCUAGUAGUAGCAUUACUAGCCGGGGGAUGUUGAAGAUGACUCUUCUUGAGGCGGGACACACCAGCAUCGACCAUUCACAUUCGUCAACGAAGACUUCAUCUGAAGCGGCUGCCGCGGACAGAUCUGAAGUCGAGGAGGAAGAGGAACAGGAGUCUGAGGGAAUGAACGUCGAAGUCCGGAACAAGAACAAACAAAAUGCAGAGCUGGAACAGCAUAGUUCUCAGAACAAAGCUGUAGUGGCACAGGAGAAGUUCGAGGAGACUCGAAAGGCCUUGCAGUGGUUGAAAUCAAUCGAAAAAGAGGAGAAGCACUCUGUCGAAGCGUUUGAAGAUUCACUCAAGGUCCCCGAUUUGGCUGGAACGUUUCUCGACGAGAAAAAGUUGCGCGAAACGGCAGAGUCCUUCAUAAAUGCGAACAAGCGUAAGCCCUCAGCAACCGAAGUGGAGCAGGUGGAAUUACAACCUAGGAGUAGCAGCGCAACCGAACAAGUCUCUUCAUCAGCAUCAUCUGGUAUUCGUGUAGAUGAAGAAGACCAAGAAGAUGCAUCAAAUGCUGACUCACAACAUGCUGCAAAACAUGCCGCCACAGCUGAAAUGAAAAUUGGACGACGCGAAGAAGUAUCGUCGAAACAAAUGCUCCUAGACGGGCAAAAUAUGAAUCAAGAGGACGAUCAGCACCAGGAGAUGUCACGACUUCCGGAAGAUGAGGCCGACGAACGUCAAACCAAUGAAGACGAAAGCAAACCUGUCACUUAUGAGGAGAGCCCUUCACAGGGUUUUCUGCACGCAGACCGUGCGCGGAAACGGAGUUCCGACCGUGUCAUCUGGAGCCAAGCGAGUAGCGCCGAUGGCAAAGAUGACGCUGAUAGGUCAACGAGUACAAGCAGUCAUAGUAGGACAGACCAUACUAGUGCAAAAAAGAUAUCAGCCGCACUCGCGCUGGUCGAGAAAACGCGGCAUCGGCAAAGUAGUGCUCUAUACGCGCAAGAGCAAGUAGAUGGCGAUGCCGAUUCGUCCGACGAAGACGCUGAGGACACCGCAUCAUCAUACAGCGAUACGAGCGACGGAUCCGACGUCGACGAAGAAGACGAUGAAAAGCUCUCGAGAAAUCGAAGGUCAUCCACUAGCAGGAGUACCUUUAACAACAUGAUGAGUCUAGCCGAAGUAGAAGAUGCACGCACAGCGGACCAGCUGACUCAUAUGCAACAGGCUACAGCAGGAGCAGAACCCGGCGAGUGGGAGGAGAUCAUGCGUCGCAACAAAGACGAAAAGAUGCUCAGUCUAGCGGAGGAUUUUGACAAUGAGGAUGAUGACCAAGAAGGAGCUUAA